GGCCAACCCCGCCGCAGCGAGGGCCCCACCGGGGUCGCUCCCUCCCUCUCUCCCUCCCUCGGCAGCGGGCGCAUGAGGAGCUGCCGUCGCGCCCUGUCCCGUCCCCUCCCACCAUCCCAGCCCCCCCCCGGCCCCGGGGGCGAGGCUGCCCCGCGGGUGACCCGCCCGGCGGGCGCGGCCCCUUCUCAUCACACGAGGGGGCAGCGCGGCCGCUCGCUCUGCCCCGGCGCCCGCCUGCCUCCCUCCUCUCGCCGCCGCGCUGCAGCCCGGGCUCCGCUGAGUCAAAGCGCGGAUCAGGUUCCCUGCCUCCAGUAUAAAAAUCUCGGCGAGAAAUCUCCGGCUGGAGAGAGAGAGAGAGACAGGGGGUUUGAGGCGGUCGGCGGGGCGAGCCCGUCUGUGGGGAAGCGAAGGGACGCGCUGCGGCGGCGGUAGCAGCAGCCGGGGCUCACUGGAGACGCCUGAGGCUCACUCCUCUCAGCUGCUGGAGAAGAGCUUUCUGCCGCCCGAAAAUGCAACAGCAACAACAGCAACGUCGAAUGUUCACAGCUGCCAUCCUGGCAUUUGUUUUCAUUCUGGCAGCUGUGAGUACCACAGAGGCUGGCAAAAAAGAGAAACCAGAGAAAAAGGCAAAGAAGUCUGACUGUGGGGAAUGGCAGUGGAGUGUCUGUGUGCCCACCAAUGGUGACUGUGGCCUGGGGACACGUGAGGGCACUCGCACUGGAGCUGAGUGCAAACAAACCACCAAGACCCAGAAGUGUAAGAUCCCCUGCAAUUGGAAGAAGCAAUUUGGAGCAGAGUGCAAAUACCAGUUCCAGGCCUGGGGAGAAUGUGACCUGAAUACUGCCUUGAAGACUAGAACCGGGAACUUAAAGAGAGCCCUUCAUAAUGCUGACUGCCAGAAGACUGUCACGAUCUCAAAGCCCUGUGGGAAGCUUACCAAACCCAAACCUCAAGAAUCCAAGAAGAAGAAAAAGGAAGGCAAGAAACAAGAGAAGAUGCUGGAUUAAUGGAGCCAACUUGGGCAAUGUGAGAAAGGGACAUCAGCAAACAUGAUCAGUUAACAGUUUCGUUUAUACCUAGGCAUUUUAUCCUAAAAUUAUUUAUAGCUUAAUGGUACCAUAGAAGGAAACAAGCAAACAGAAAAAAAAAAAUAAUCUUUUUUUUUAUUACUUUAGUAUUUUUAAUGUAUAACCCUAACAAAAACUUUUAGAGGCCUGUAAUAAAGGACUCCAAUCUCAUUUAGAAAAUUAUGUCUAUUGUAUAUUGAACAAUGUAGAGGUUUUUAAAAUAUUCUCAAGUCUUGCCAUAGGUCUCAGUCUGGCAAUUACUCCAUGCAAGCAGAACCUGAGCCUGUGUGGAGCUCUGCUGAAGCCAGUGGUGCCCUGUGUGAUCAUAGGAGUCUGGCUGGAUGCGAUUAUAUUUAAGAUUGGGACCUCAUAUCUGAAGAAACCCAGACUUGUUUCUUAAGUUCUUAUUACAUCUUGAUAACUGUAUGAAAUUAUUUUUAUGGAAAGGAUGGGGGCAUUUGAGUAUUUACAGGCAUAGAAUUUUUUUUGGCCACCAUCUCCAGGUAAAAACCAGUAGCACUCCUGUCCUUGGUCACAUUUUGGAUGUUAGCAGUAAAAAUUUUAAAAUCAUUCAACAGUUGGACAUGGAAGAGUCCUAAUUUUUCAUGAUUUUCUAGCAAUGAUUUUUCCAAGUAGAAUGUUAGCAAAACUUCCUUUUUUUAGCAUAUCAAUGCUGAUGGAUGGUAGCAUCCCCUGGUUUACCUAUAAAAGCUGAAAAAUGCUUUCUUUUAUUUGUUUAUUUUGCCAGAAAGGAGAAUAUCCUUUUGACAAAAAUCUAGUUGAAAUUGUUGUGAUUCUGCCUGACCCAACUCCCUCUUGUAUCGGUGGGAAUUGUCCUGUUGAUUUUAUGUAUAGCUGAUUGAAAAAUACUAUGUCUGAUGGGAAGUAACAGAAGAAAUCUGUUUGGAAACUGCCUGAAGUUGUUUGUAUUUUUGACUUAAAAAAAAAAAGGACAACUUGUGGAACUUGAAACCAAUAAGAAUGGAAUUAAUUUUUGUUUCUCUGUUAGUAAAGUAGAAGGGAAAUAUAAAAGCAGUACCUUUUCUUUCUUCCAUUUUUAUAUAAGCAAAAAAAGACCUUGGAAAAUUUCACUCAACGUAAAAAGAGUUCUGUGAUUUUUUUUUUUUUUUUUUUUUUUUUUUUUUUUUUUUUACUGAUCUGCAGGAAAAAAAAUACAGCCAGCUGGUUUUCAGUUUGUUCAAUUUUGCCUAUUUUAAAUGAUAAUAACAAUAGAGUCAUAAAGUAGAAAAAAGAUCCAACAAAGUGCUGGCCUGUUCCCAGCUAAACAGUCGUUUAAUAAACUAAACAAGUAAACCAGACUUUUCAGAGGAAACGUGUUUUCAGUGCCCGAAUUAAUUUCAAAAUCAUUCCUUGCCUGCUGGUCAAGACGAAUAGACUCCUUGAAAUCCUGCAGGUACCCACUGACUUCAGCGAAGCUGCAGCAGAGUGUAUUCAUCUGCUGUCUUGAGAUUAGCUAGUAGACAAGUAGAGAGUCUUUUUCCAGACUAACAUCACUCCCCUUUUCUAUGCAAAAAAAUAUAUAACAAUUGCAGAGCUUGCCCUCUUUUUUCUUACGUGGAGAGUAUGGCUGAUCUGAACUUACAGUGUGGCAAGUCCAUCCAUAGAUUUUCUAAACCCUUCUGACGCCAGCUAGCCAAGCCGGCACAUAGUUCAAGGUAGACUAGCCACCUGAUUAUUUCCCAGACUCCUUGGGUGUGUUUUGCCAUCUGUGUUGAUGUCCUUGUUAUUUUGACUAUGCUGUUAGACAUACCUGAGCCAGUGGUAUAAUUAAAAAUGUCCCCAACAUGUGGUGGAUGUGCAAUGACCAAAUCCAAAAUCAUAAAGGCUCAUGUUUGGGUGGUUCUGGGUGCUAUUUGCUUUGCUCAUGGUCUAAUCAGGUCUACCUGUGCUUGUGCCUCAGACUUAAACUAAUGAAUUGGUAGGUCUGAUUGAAAGCAAAGGGAGAAAGAAGCUUUUUCACUCACCAAAGGUUUGUCUGUCUAAAUGCUGCAUCAGUUCACUUAAAGUGGUUCAGCUUUGAGUGCAAACACUGUUGCACCAUUGUCUUACACUGGUUAAUCUAGUCCAUGUUUCACAGGGAGCUGGCAGGAGUUGGGAAUGAUGCUGAGACCAACAGUUUGACUAUCCUUUAGUGAACCUUAGAUAUGGCUUCUGAUUUCCACCUCUGUGAGUAAGAAGAAAAUAAUUUCCCCUGUGUUUCCUCUGACACCUGAUGGCCCUUAUGAUUUACUGCCCAUCUGGCUUGUUAAAGGAACAUUCCUGCUAGUUUUUGAAGGAGACCACUCAUGUUCCUAUGGUGGUAUAGGGCCUCCAUGGAGAGAGUUUACAGAAAACAAAUAAACAAACAGAAAAUUACCAUGUUAGGACCAGACGAAAGUGCAGCAGUCCUGGUAGCAAAGAGAGUGAAAUACGAGAAUUCCUCUGUACUACUCAGCUACAUAUGUUUGGAUCUGUAUUAACAUCUUAUUGUUGACAGUAAUUGGAGUUUUAUCUGCCAUAGUUUAUGAACAAUGAAGAAAAUUUCUAAAAAGGUAGCAGAAAACAUUUUGUGGAAACUCUGACAAUGAAGGAGAUGAUAAAAGUGAUUCAUGGCAGAACACAGAGGAAGAUUGAAUAGAAUAGGUUAGUCAGGUCAGCUCUGAAAGGGGGUGCCUGGUACCUAACAGGAGCAGUUGCUUCACUAGUGACAUUGUCAAGAAAGCAAGAGGCAAAAAUAUGAACAAAACCUCUUCCCAUCCUGUCUUGCUCAGUUUCCACUUGAGUCAUUCUGAAGUUUCUCCUUAUUUGCUUUCUAAUCUUCUACCCUCCCUCCUCUGGGAGGGGAAGCUUGUCUGACAGUGCUGUGGGGGUGGCUACUUCAGAUGCAAUAUGUGAUUUACCCUCUUGGUGCUAUCCUGUUAAAAUGGAAAAUGACUUAGCAUAGGUAGGUUGCUUAGCUAGUUUAACCAACUGAAGCUUGUUUCAUGAAUGUCCCUCUUGAGAAGUGGUUUCCGCAUUCAUUUGCUACAGCUAUGUUAUGGUAUGGGGAGAUGAUAGAAAUCCCCCAAAUUAAAGGCUUUUUCUGAGCACUCAGAUCUCUUAGAGAAAAAGAGAGAUGAGUUGUUGAACAUCAGCUAAGGAUGAACCUUCAUCCAGACUCUGGAUUCUAGCAAGUUUAAACUUAGGAGAAUUUAGGUAUAGCUCAGUUCCCUUCCUCUGAGUAGGGUGAGCCAAACUUCUAAGCAAAUAGGCCUGUCUGUAUUUUGAUUUAAAACAAUAUUUGAUGAUUGGGGCAUUUUCUUACUUUGACAUGUCUGCUGACAGAAGUGCCCAUAUUGAAAGAGAACCAUUGCUAGUCAGCCUGACAUAUUUAACAGACUAUUGAAUACAGCAGAACUAUGGGGCAAGGCUCCAGGAAGCAAGAACAUUUGUUGUACAUGUAGGUAGAUACUAAGUUAUAACUUACUGAUUCUCAUCUUCUAAUUCCAUAAUGAUAUUUUGGACUGAAGAAAGGAAAGAAUAACAAUCAUAAAACAUAUCAACAGACAGUGUUGGAGACCUUAUGAAAAAGAGAAAGGUGUGAAGUCAGGAGCAUUUUAUACAAACUUCUUUUGCAUGCUCCUGGAGUAGGGAAGACAGGAUUAGUGGCUGGCACAUUGGUUAUUAUGCUUUGCUUGAUUUGUGCCUUAAUGAAAACUAAUCAAAUGUAGAAUGUUACAGAGAAGUCAAGUCCCACUCCAACCUCAAAAGAACGUGUCCAACCAGAGGCAAGGUCAAACAGAGACAAUAGUGUAUCUGUCUUUUCUGGUUUACGAGUAGAAGCUAUGAUGAUGUUGAUAGGUGAAAACAUGAUGUAUUUCUUUAUCUUUGGUUAUAUCCUUCACCAUUUGGCAUGUGGCAAUGAACAAUUCAAGUAAAAUAACAGACUAUUAGGAUGAACUAAGGGGAAGUGAAUACUUAUGGAGACUAUUUGUGGAAACAGGCUAUAAAACCCCAUAAACUAUCAUGCUGCUAGCAGGGAGUGUUUGAAGAUAAACACUGUAUAGCAUUUCCAUUUGUUUAAUGAAAUCCCUUAACAUAUGAUAAAUUUUAUCCAAGCUUCUUUAGUCUAACGUCAAUGAUGAGGAUGGGGCAAAAGGCAGCCUGACUGCCUCAGCUUAGGAAGUGCGACAAAUUAACAAUGUAAACCUGACACUUUUCUAAAGCAAAAUACUGGUGAGGUACACCAUUUUGACAGGACAUAGUAGUCUUUCACAUCUCCCAAAUUCUUACAAGAGUGGGAAGCAAUAUGUCAACGGGGAUAGGUAUCUCAUAUUCAAUCUUUUAAAACUCUGUAGGACAGCAUCUUCUGUGAACUUCUGAUUGUGUUCUCUCCUCUGUGGGAACAGAUUAGACCUGUUGUCUGUCUUCCUCCACUCAUCCAUAAUUUUUAUAGUAUUUGUAGGUUUUCUGUCAAUUCUGCUAAGGCACUCUACCUCUCAGGCAAACCGUGGGUAUCAUUGAUCCUUCCUCAUGCUUGAGGCUGUAUUCUCCAUUACUCACUGAAGUGUUGCAAAACAGCCCAGCAAGCCCCUACCAUUGGUACCUCUCAUUGUGUCCUUUUAAGGACAAUAGCAACUUGUUAAUCAGAAGAUGACAAUGAACACGGAAAUAUGAGAAUGAGCAAAGAAUUCCUGGAUUCUCUGGGGGAGUGAUUCACUGGUAAAACCUUUGUCAUAGCUCAACCUGGGCAAGGCUUCCUGGGAGAAAGAAAUGCAUAACAUAUGAUCAAAAAUUAGACAUAAUGAUGAAAGAGUGUCUGCCGUCAAUCAGAAAACCACCUUAGCUAGGUAAACAGUGGCAAGAAGCUGCAUCCUUUCCCACUGUGUCCUCUUUUACCAUCAAAUUAAAGAGAGGAGACAUGUGUCAUAGAACUUCAGGGACAGUGGAAGACUUGCCUGAGCAAAUAGCGCAUGGAGAGAGCCUCUUCCACCCCAUUGAUGUUUGCGUUUGGAGAAGGUCUAGGCUGUCUUGCUCAGCAGAAAACUUUGUGUGCUUUUGGACCAAAACUAAAUGAUGCUGAAGUCUAACAGUUUUCCUAAUGUUCCCUUUCUGCUACUCUUCAAAAAUGGUAGUCUGCCUUGUGGCCUCAUCACUCUGACCUGAGCAGAAAUGAGAUAUUUCAAGAAAAAUAUGGGAAUUCAACUAUAAUCAACUAUCAUUAUCUCGUUGGUGGGGCUUUUCAAUCCUUUUGCCCUUUCUGCAGUUUUCCACUUAAAUGUGAAGUGUCUUGGGGUCCCAGAUGGCUAAAAAUGCAGUAGGUAUCUCCUAGCCCUAGCCUUUAAAUUGCUUGGCUUUGAGUGAGUUGCCUAUUCCUUAUUUUAAAAAAACACACAAUAACAAACAAAACCCCAAACAGAACUAGAAGCAUGUGUCCAACGUAUGAAUUUGCUGGUGAGAUAAAACAGAGGCUCCCAAGUAUUCCCAUUUCAGAAGGUCAUUCAAAGUUAAAGACACUAUAAAAGCUUUAGCCCUGAAUUCUGUGAUGUAAAGCUAGAAAAAUGGAUAGUAUGUUCAAAGCUGUCUUAACUAUAGCCAAUUUCAUUCAAUUAAUUACGCUGUUUAAGUUGCCUCACCCUCAUCUACCUGGCAAGAAGACAUUAUUUAACUUUUCUCAUUAGGUCGUUCAUUGCACUUCCCAUAUUGUAAUUGUGUAGUUCAUCUAGAUUUUUAUAGCUGAACGAAUGGCUCUGAUAAUCUAAAGCGUGUUGUGGUUGCUGAGGGGACCUGAAGCAAAGUCAGGUUAGUACGGCUGCAGCUUUGAGCUAGAAACCACCUAAUGAGGAUAUCAGCACAAGGCACAGCAGGUCUCUAAAUAUAUAUGCAUACAUACCGCAUAUAUGUUCGUAUAUGAGGAAGCAAAACUAUUAAAAAAGUGCAUCCAUAACUCAAAAUGUAUCUCACAAAUAGUGCUGCCAUGUUUUCAACCUAAAGUAGAAGUGAAGGAGCUUUUUGUCCUGCGUUGGUAUUUACACAAGGAUACAAAAGUAGUAUAUAGGAUGAAGAGAUAGGUUUCUUCCCACUCACCAGCAUAUCAGUUUAAGGAUAGCUGUGUCUGAGGAAAAUGCAAAACACAUACCAAUGAAAUGGCCAAUAAUAGGACUUAGUAUCACGGUGAUGUUCUUUUCUGUCACACCAUGUACGUGGAAGGGCUUUGUUCAAAGCUUCGAAGUGGAUGGACUGCUUCAGUUAGGUGCGAACAUACAAACCCAGGCAGAAAAGGCUUUUUCUCUGCCAAUAAAAAGUGAGGAAAAUGGGAAAAAAAAGAUGGAAAACAUAAAGUAAAACUGAAGUCAACUUAAUACUUGUAGUUUGGAUGUUAAACAGAAAGAACAAAUGAAAGUCAAAAUAAUGAAUUAAAGCCUGAAUAUCAUGUUCAAUGGAUUUCUAAUUCUGUAUAUAUCUAUUAAACCAGUGCUAUAUGAUGUCUUCUCAUGGGUUACUCUCUUUUUCCUUUUCCUUUUCAUUUUUUUUUUCAGUUUGUAUAUUGAUUUUGUAAGCUAGCAGUGUGUUACCUUUUCAAUUUUUUUAAACUUGUAUGAAAGCCAUAUAUCCAUAUUGUAGAAUGAAAGCAUUAAUCCUGUAACAUCCCUUAAUGUUUCCCUUAGCUCUGUGGGAUUGUGGGAGGCUCUAGCGAAUGUAUAUGUUUACCAAUUGUAUCAACGUAAUUUACUUGCUCUUAGUGGCUAUAAAGAAUUAAAUAAACUAAUACACAGAA